AUCUUAUAUUUAGACCUAAUCAAACCUGGAAAAAAUUAAGGAGGUGAUUUGUCUUUUCUUGUUCAUCAUGAAAUCAUAAAAAUAAAUCCUAAUGUAAAUCUGGAGGUCUGUAGUAUAAAAAGGGACUGAUAGAGACGACUUAAUGGGGCUCUCUGUAUCCACAGGGAGUGUUUAGAAGAAGGGAGUUAAAACAAUCUGUUUUUCAUCUAUUGAGACAGGAACGUCUUUACCCUGGGUCAGAGUUGUUUUAAGGCUUGAAAAAUAAGUAAAGCAUCGUGAGAAGAAGAGAUACUCUGGGUAGCAUUAAGGCUUAUUGAUGUAAAUGUCAAUGGGGGAUGUUUAAGAGGCAGAGGUGCUUAAAUUAAGGUAUUGGUUGCCACACUAACAGAGUGAGACGAAUUAGUCAAUAUGACCCCUGUGCAUCUGUCUUUGAUUUCCCAUUCUCUCAUUUCAAUAUUCUAACCUAAAAAUGACUAAUUAUUUCAGAACAACAGAAUCUUUCCUAUUAUUCCCCUAUGUUUCCCAUUUUUUUCUACUGCCUUCUCUUCCCAUACUGCCCUUCCAUUAAAUUAUUCUUUUUCCUGUAAUUAUUCACCUGAACACUCCCAACCACAGCUGCUCACAAUAAGUGGAACACAAUUUUUUUGCAAAUCUCACCACUCCAUGCAGGCUUAUAAACAACAAAUGUUACAGCUAACAAUGCAAGGCUUUGUUUUGUUUUUUUUCUCCCCCCGUUUGCCUUUUUCCAGCUCUCCGUCCAUGUCUUCCUUGUGUUCUGCUCCUUUCUGCCGCCUCAAAGUCUUUUCAUUUUUGUUCCAUAAUGGAAUGUAUAUACAAGCACAAACUGAUCCCUGGCUUCAACAAGGAUCUCAACUUUCUCCCGACUCUGUCUAAGUCGUGUUCGGAUACUGACUUUUAGCAUUUCAGGGUCCGAGAUGGAAGACAUUCAUGUAGGUGUCAAGGCAUGAAUGUCAUGGUCACGUUUAAGGUCAAGGAAGACAUUUAGAGCCCAGCUGAAUUGCCUCAGUCAUUGUAUCCAAGUGUGACUUCACUGUUUGUCCAUGCGAAUGCUCAGCUGCCUUUGGGCUUCUUCUUUUUCUCACAAAUCGAAUGCAAGCCAUUUAAACAAAUAAUAGGGUUUUUCUUGCUAUCUAGUUUAUUGUUCAAAUAAAGCAUCUUUCCCUACCAUCCCCUCACCUCGACUACAAGCUGCUGUGUUUUCGCUGAAUCACUUCCAGCAUGUAAACACAGGAAAUGACACGAAUGCCAACAUCUGCACCGCUUUUUGCUGCCCUGAUUUGUGUGUCCGUGCAUGUCUGUGUCUUUGAGUGAGUGCAUGAGUUUGUGAGCGGGGAAAAAGGGGGGGAGGAAAGUUGAACAAAGAGCAGUGCUGGAAAUCAUAGACCGAUAAGACAGAAAUGGUGCCCUGCAGCCAAGUAGACAGCUAAAUAAAAAUCUGGCAGUCAUUCACUAGUAUAACCACCCAAUGACUUUUUAAAAUUGUAUCUGUUAUGUGUUUAUUGCAUGUAUUUUCUCCAAAGAUAUGCAUGUAAAGGUAUCCACGUCACGAAACUUUCUCUCCUCCUUUUUUUUUUUUCUGGCAUUAUCUGUUCCCUGCAAGCAUUUGCUCCUUGAUUUGUUAUCCCUCUUAAAUAAUAAAUGAAACACACACAUACAUGCAUUUCACUACCUCCUGGGCGUACAUGCAGAUAAUACAGCCCCCAUCUCUCUCUCUCUGUUCCUUCCUCUCUCACACAUUCCCACGAGUGUAAGCGCUUUCAGAAGAACUGGAUGGAGCUGCUCCUCUAUUCGACUCAUUAGAUAAAAAAACAAAAAACAAAAAAAACACAAUUAUCUCGCUUGGACAUGGAUUUUUUAAAACAGAAAUUGUACAUCUGACAAUUUUAGGCGCGUUUAUAGUACUUUAUGUUGUGUUUGGAUGUGCAGUCAAGUUUUGGACCCGAACGCUCCACAAAACGACUUUUACGCAUCAGGCAACCACAGAGGGCUUCACCUAGGCCGCUAUUUUUUGCUGCGGUUGCCAGCAUUAAAAAAGGAAUAAGUAUCACAAUGCGUGCUUUUACGCCUUUAAAUAAUCCGAAUGAGGAAGAAAAGGAUUUCCUUUAAUUAGCGCUUUUCUCCGCCCUCCUCAUCCUCUGCGCGCGUACUGUACUCCACCAGGCGUAAAACCGCGCUGAAAACAGCGAACAGAAAUCGACGUUUCCCAUCACUCAAGUCCCACUGUUGACUGAAGAAAACGGUCGAAAUGACGGUUCAUGAUCUGCCUUAAGGAGCUUGGAUGCUGGUGAGGACUGCUGCUGUUUCCAAAGGCUCCAUGGGAGCGAACUGUCAUCUUAAUUCUCCCCGGCGUGGCAUCAUCUCGCUGGAAGUAGGCUUCAGUGUGGAAGAUGGCUUUUGACUUCUCCCCCAGGAUAUAAAGCGUAAUCCCUCUGCAUGCCUGAUUACACAGUGACAGUAGAAACUCAUCUUUCAGUAAGCAGGUAAAGGAUGACAGCAGCAGCAGGUGUACUGACAGGCUUGGCCAAGCUAAAGCGCCAGGACUCUGCCCGCUCUCAGCAUCGGCCCAUACCACCCACAUCACAAGGCUUGGCUAACUCCACCUCUGAGGCCGCCCACAGAAAGCGGAAGCGACGCACAGACGUUGUGGUGGUGCGUGGAAGGCUUCGACUCUACUCAGCUUCUGGCUUUUUUCUCUUCCUGGGACUUAUCAUCUUGGCCAUAGGGAUCGGUAUGGCGACUCUAGGUUACUGGCCGCACAAUAAAGCCAUACCAACAGGAAGAGGAAAUGAAGUGAAGGUGGAGAAGGAUGUGACCAACGCAAGCCAUGAUGUUCAAGACUCACCUUCAAAGCAAGCGGGCGGUGCUGUGAUGCGGUUUCUAGAACAACAUCUUCACUCUGAGAGGAUGAAGAUGUUCGGGCCCUUUACCAUGGGCAUAGGGAUUUUUAUCUUCAUCUGUGCUAAUGCAAUACUUCAUGAAAACAGAGACAGGGAGACUAAGAUAAUCCAUAUGAGGGACAUGUACUCCACAGUCAUCGACAUCCAUCGCCUCAGGCAGAAGGAACAAAAACAAUACCAUCACCGCAGCAGCCUGUGUGCACGAGAAUUGGGUGAUCUUCGAGCCUUCGGGGCCGACACAGCAGGACGCCUGGCCGGCAACUCCCUCCUUGCCUUCUCCUCUCGGGCUGGAAGUAGAGUUGGGUCUACAGAGGAGGAGGAGGUGCUGCUUGGGGAUCAAGAGUUCCACAGACACGGCCAGCAGGCCAGGUUGGAUUGUAGCUUUGCAGGACUGCUGGCGCCGCUGUAUAAGGAUAGACCCUUUUACGAUGCUGGGCUUAGGUUGGUGCAUUCAGAUUCGAUGCGACACCAGUGGUCGGUGGAUGGAGAAGGGGUGAAGGUUGGACAUCAUGCAGGGUCCAUUGUCUCUUCCUCCAUCUCUGCCUUUACUCUUCCUGUUAUUAAACUCAACAAUUGUGUAAUUGAUGAACCAGAAAUGGAGGCGAUUACUGAAGAGGAGAGAGGCAGUGAGAGGAGAAAAGGAGAGAGGCCAGUGCCUCUGAGCUCCAUGGAGUCCCUGGUGGUCCCUGUAGCAUCUGUUGCCAAGGCCUCCAAGCUGCCAGGCUUGCAACGCAGUAACUCCGCGUCCUCUUCUUCCAGUUCCUCCUUCUCCUCCUGUACCCUCUCCCCUGCUCCCUCCUCUACCUCAGGCUGCUGGCUCUCACCAGGAGCAGAGAGGAGCGACUUUGGCUCCAACUCCUCUCUGCACAUGCUUAACAGCCACAGCUACUCCAAAUCCCUGGACCUAGAGCGAGGAUCCAGCAUGCUCAGCGUGCGCCCUGAGCAGCGCAAACACCCCAGCUGGCCGCGGCUCGACCGCAGCAACAGUAGCCGCAGUCACAGCGGGAACAGAAGCAAAGGAUACACGCGCCUGGAGGACAGGGAGGAGCAGACAGAGCGUUGCUCGGACACGUCGGCGUCCCCGACAGAGAGGCGAGACUACAGCAAGCGAGAAAAGCUGCUAAUGAUUUCCAGGUCGCAUAAUAAUCUGAGCUUUGAACAUGAUGAGCUUAAUAGCAGCACACUGAAGAGAGGAAGCUCUGAAACUCGAUUCUGAAGGUGACGAAGGAACAGUAGACAACAGUGCUCUCCUGUUCUGUAAAUUGUUCUUCACGCUGUCUCAGUGUGCAUCAGAAUAGAUGAUUUUGCGAGAUCAAAUGUGCUUUCAAGACAUGACUCCACAUGCCUACUGUACUACAGAGGUGCUGUUUUACAGCUGACCCGUGCAUGUGAAAGGAGAAGCUCCCUCCAGGGAUCAGUACAACAUCAGAUUACACAAGUCUGCUCUAGUCUGUAACAAACUGGACCAGGCUAGACACUGAUGUUAAAUAAAGAUGGUGCCCCGCAAAUAAAUACAACAAAGAGGCCCUCGUUGCCCUGCUGCCGUGUACUAUUGACCUUUCACCAGGAACUUCCCAGGAUCUACCAGUUCAAAAAUGGCUGCAAAUAACAACAGUUUGGUAUCUGUGGCUGUGGUUCUGCUACAGGCAUUUCAACUAACUGCUAGGUUAGCUGUUACUCAGGAUUAUUCAUCUCUACAAAUGCCCACUUAGAGUGCAGAAAAUCUCUGUUUUAUUAGGAAUGAAUGCAUUAUUGAUUAAGGAAUAUUUUCAGACACAUUUUUGCAAUAAUUCCUGAAAAACAAAACAUCUAUCCAACCAGCUCUUUAACUGACUCAUUGUUUCCCAAACUAAAUGUACAUGAAACAACUCGUUUAAACAAAGUUUACCAACCAUAACUCAAGCGAAACUCUCCUAUUAGGAAAAAUGGUCAUGUUUUUUUAAAUCACCCUUUGAGGCGUAUAUCACUUUUCAACAAUUGGUAAAUAUAUUGGUCCCAUCAAAAGAGGGUGUCUCACAUUUUCUUCUAAUAAAUUGCAAACAGAUUGAGUAUAAAAACUGUUCUUGGAAACUGAAAUUAAACAGUAACACAUCUGUGUACUUCUCAGUAUGCAGGUGCAACUCAAUAAAGAAGAAUCUCCUUGAAAUUGUUUUAUUUCAUUAAUUCAGUUCCAAAAAUGAAAAACAUGUAUUAUACAGAUUGAUUACAAAAGGACAGGUAUGUUUCAAAGUAAUGAAAACCCAAAAAGAAGUUUAUCAGAAAACCAGAAUAUGUAAUAUUCAAAUGUCUAAAUAUUAAGACAAAUAAAGAUCAAUAACACAAUAACAAAUGACAACUAUUGUCUUAAAAUAAAUGUCAUGUUAUGAUUUGUUAUACCCUACACAAUCAUGAGAAACACUAUUUACUUGACAGUUGUCCAGCAGACAGCCUCCACAAGGCCACAACGGAUCACUGCUAAAGAAGCUGUAUCCAAGUAUAUUGAUGAAAAGUUGAGUGGAAGGACAAAGUUUGGUAGAAAAAGGUUCACAAGCAAGACGGACGAUCACAGGCAAAGUCCAUUAAGAGUUUGGAGGAUCUUCACAAUCGGACUGCUAUUGGAGUCAGUGCUUCAAGAGCCAGCACACACAGACGGGUUCACAAAAUGGACUACAGCUGACACGUUCCUUGUGUUAAGCCACUCCUGAACCAGUGACUCACUCUGUGUGUAAUGACUUUAUAUCAUACAGGAAUUUCAGUUUUUCACUGAAUUACUAAAAGAAAUGUAACUUCUUGAUGAUAUUCUAAUUUACUGAGGUGCGCCUGUAUCUUUUCCAAGUUUGGUUUGUCUGCCAGAUCCAUUCAAAGCGAUCAGUCAGAUUAUCUUUGUUGCCACCUCUGUAAAUGUCUUUAUUGUAGCAUUUUCUGCUACGUUUAAAGCAACACAGUUUAAUAGUAAAACUAUUUUACAGUCUAACGUGGGUUGAGAACAUUUUUAAGAUAAAGUAGUUUCUAGCUGUCUGUGAGUCACUGUUCAAAUUUUUUUUUUUCUCAAAAUAAACUUUAUUUUCUCUGACAAGAGUUUUGUUCUAAUGACAUUUUAACCACUUCUGUUUACAUAGGGGCCUGAAAAGCAAAACCACUAGAAGUGCUUUAAAGCCAUCGCCUGGCAUGUCUGGUUUUACAAUGUCACCAUGUGAGGUGGGAGAGGAUCUCAGUGUUAACAUAUUAAAUGCCUAUUUAAACCUUAAAGGGAAUUAAUACUGAAAACUCUCCCUUUACAAACCAUCCCUUUAUUUUGCUUUGAGCUUGAAUUUCCUGCUGAGUCAGAGGGUUCUUGUGUAGUAUCCAUCCAUCCAUUAUAAGGUAUAUAAGAUUUCCCUAUAAGAAUAUUCAUUAACGGUUGUGAGGAGCCAUAGACCUGCCGCCCAGGACCCAAUGGACACAGAGGAGAUCAGAGUUACAGAGCUGAGUGAAGUUGCCCCCCUCUCCCCCAUCUUCUUCAAAUCAAACAAAAAUUAUGUGAAACGUUUGUGCUACAUUUGUGCCGGUUUGUGUGGCAAAAACAUUUUUGAAAAUCGUUUUGAAGAUAUUAUUGAAAGCUUCCAGAACUCACCAAAGGUCAACCAGCCCACCACCACACCUUCUUCAAAUUAAACAAAAGUAGUGUCAAUCAAUUUGACUACAUAUGUCCUGGUUUGUGCAGCAAAUAAUGAAAAUUUGUUUUGUAUUAAACUUCUUUCUUUUUUUUUUUUUGCUGCACAAACCGGCGCAAACAAUUGAGACCAUUUUUGUUUGAUUUUGAAGAAGGUGGGGGGGCCAACUUCACUCAGCUGAGUAACAGACAUCCAAAGGCCCCUCAAAGCCUGGGAGCAGAGACACCAGCCACUGGCAGGGAGUGUGAAUGGGGGAAAUAGACCCCACAUUUGAUGGGGGGCCAGGAGAGGGGGUAGCCACACAGCCAGCCUGACAGAAAAACCCAAUCCCGGAUAAGCAGAAGACGACGAGUACGAGUGAUAAUUCUAAUCUAAAAUGUCGUGUUUUCAUUAGCUGUCAGCGGAUAAUCAUCAUAAUUAACAGAAAUAAAGGCUUGAAAACAUCAGUCUGUGUGUAAUUAGUCUAUAUAAUGGGGUUCACUUAGUGAAGUGAGUUACUGAAAUAGACACAUUUUUCACUAAUAAUUAAUUGAUUGAAUAUGACUGUAUAUUGAUAAAUUAUUAGAUUCUGAAACUGUUCUUGAUAAUGAAAAUUUUCAAGUGAAUAAUUUAAUAGCCUGUUAUAGUCAGAGAAGAUCUGGGAGUAAAAAACUCAAAUCAUGUGAGUCCUUGAAUAAAUAUAAUUGAUUUCUCUGUGGUUACAAUGGGUAAUACAUAUACCCGGAGGUCUAUAUUUUGACGCAUAAACUGGGAAAUGCAAAAACUUUGCUGUUCUUGGGAUUAACUGGACUCCAGUCUGCCUUUUUAUUGGCCUGGAUCCACAAUAUUCUCCUGUUUUUGGCAAAAUAGCAUUGAUCCCCUGGGAAUGCUAAGCAGUUUUCUUAUUUCUCUUUUAGACAUGGGUACAGUUAACUUGUUUGCCAUCUCUGCUGAGGAUCUUGGCUCUGCCUCCUAGUUGCACACACAGAUUUGUUAUUACAUUGCACGGAAAUCCAUCUUGCAUUCAAUUUAUGUUCACUUUACAAUUGAGUUACAGGCAAUGCUUGUUCUUUUUUUUUACAAAUAUACCGUAGCAUAAUAACUCAACACGUUUCAGUCAAUCUGAAAAGGAAAGCACCCACCACAAGGGCCUGCUGAAACCAACUGCAAAAACAAAACAUAAAAGAGAGGAAAACGUUUUAAUAUUGUAUUUCUGUUGUAUUUUUACCACAGCAUGUCACAGGAAUUUCAAUAAACCUUUUAAAAAAGUAUA